GCUGAUUGCAAGUGACGACGAGCAAUCGGAACGCUAUAAAAGGAGCUAAUGGCACCAAGGAGACACUACGUGCGUAGAUCCGUCCCGGCACCGCCUCCCGAGGUGCCUGAACGAGCUGAGUCAAGCGAAGUGCAAGAGCUGCGGGCACAGAUGACUGUGCUAGUUGGUGUGAUUCAACGCCAAGGAGGUCAGAUCGAGCGGCUCCAAGAGCUUUUGGAGCGACAAGUGGCGACGGUGGCCGUGACGGCAACUGAAGGCCAUGGUCCGUCUGCGCCCUCGGCUCGCGCGCCUAAUGCGCAUGAGGGCGUGAGUAUUUUGGUGGCUCCGGCGGUGGCGCAUCCCCUGCCGGCUAGUGUUCCUCUGGCGGCUUCGGGUCCUACGAUACUCGAUGCGGCAGCUGGGGAGGUGAGGCAGGAACGCGAGGCGUUCAAGAAGUGUGGAGUAAAGAAGCGGCCUGGCAGUAGUUCGGGGGAACAAUCUAGUUCACAAAAGGCCCCGAAGUACCGGAGGAGACGAUCUGUUAGCCGAGGACCUUUGCGGUGUAAAUUUUGCAGUGGAAAGCAUCGCGCAGGAACUUGUGAGCAUCGGGCGGGACGGUGCUUCAGGUGUGGCCAGGCGGGGCAUAUAGCCUGGCAGUGCCCAGAAGGAGUGCCACGUGCCCCGUCAGUUGCAUCCACCCCAGAGAUUCAGCGACAGUUUGGUGGAGUUCCGUCUGCUGCUGCCGUAUCUGCGGGGUGUGUGAUUUGUGGAGGAUCCNGGAACCGAUAUGGUUGCCCCUUGCGCUAUGGACGACCCCUGCCGAUGGCGACAGCAUUUUCCUCUCUAGGACAAAUGGUUGACGUGCAGCCUUCGGCACAGUCUGGGGAGCGAGGGGUGGUAAUUGGGCAACCGAAGAGUUCGCAGGGAGCGCUAAGCGGCCCUGGAUACGCGGCACGAGUUGAGGAACCUGCUGCUGUUGGUGAUGUCACCGCAGGUAUGAUUUAA